GUGUCCACAUAUUUUGGGUGGCCACAGAGAGUGGUAGAAGACUCGGGGGGUAAUACUAUGGCAUUCUAUUUGAAGACUUUCUACACUGUGUUGGUACUGACACUGACAGGAGGCCUUGAUCCUACCAGUGUCUCAGCAGCAUCUCCUAAUCCUAGCUCAGUGUCCGUGAGGCCCAGCCCACAGCUCUCUCUCCCCAUCCUCAACCAGUCCUUCAGCCUGAACUGUAACGGCUCCUUCACAGGCCUGCCAGUGCUUUGGUACAAAGACGGCCAGGUUGUAGCUCCAGACGCCAGGAUAAACCUGUUGGAACACAACACCUCCCUCCACUUCAACUCCCUGCUGUCAUCUGAUGGUGGCUUCUAUCAGUGCGAGGUGACCAUGGUAAACAUGGCUGAAAGCAAGGUCAUAAGCUUGGGCUACCUGCUAAAUUUUGAUCAUUGGAGUGUUAGUAUCAGUGGCCCUGACACAGUGUUGCCUGGGAGGGAAUACACCUUUACCUGCCAGGUGAACUGCACUGUCGACCUGGACUGCUCCAUCCGCUGGCCAUUGAGGGGGGGUAUCCUUACUAGCGCCUACUUCUCCGUGAGGAAGAAUAUCCUGAAAUGGAUCCCGUCGGUACCUGGUACGGUCCAGAACUUCACCUGUGUGGUGGAAAACACAGCAGCUGGACGCUCUGCAGAGGCCACCAAGACAGUGAAGGUCACAGGACCCACAGUAUCAGGAUCUGAAACAGUGAGGCUGAGUGGAGUUUUAGGACUGGUCCUCUGUAUGGGACUGCUGUUCCUCCUGGAUCCCUAGGAGGGGCGCUAUAAGACUGCAGACGAUGGGAAGGACAGAGGAGAACAUUGAAUGAGUUCAGGUUCACCUUCAGAAUGAAUAAUAAAACAGGAACGUUUUGAAACUCUUAAUCCUGUCCAAUAAGAAUGCUAAUUUCUCAGAGUAAGAAUAUAAGGAUAUAAGAAUGCUAAUUUCUCAGAGUAAGAAUAUAAGGAUAUAAGAAUGUUUCCUCUGUUGUGGGAUAAUGAUAGUUGAGUCAUUGGAAGUUUCCAGUGAAUUGUGUUUAUCAUCCACAUGCAGUGGGUAACGAUGAGAAAAUAACAUAUUGAUGUUAUCUAUGUAAUAUUUUCUUAUUUGCAAUACGUACUGUAUUAUUAUUAUCUUUGUUGUUGUUGAGAUGAUAAAAUAAACUCCAAAUCAGUGUGGUAAUAGA